AUGCCAUCGUACGCCUUAAACCAGUUCAUAGACUUGGAUGAUGUUAUGUGCAAGCUCCUAAAUCUUGACUUGCGGGAGCCGCCAAAGAUGUCUGCACUACCAGUCUCCCCGGUGGGCCACAAGAAACUCCGGGUCCCUUGCUCCUUCUCCUCGUCCUCGUCAUGCCUGAGUGACCCCAAAGUGAACGCUGCUGGUACCGGCGGCCAUUGGGGCCAGCCCAGCCUCGGCAGCAGCAGCAGCAUUAGCAGCAGUGGAGUCGGAGUCGGUGGCGGCGACAUGGCUCUCCAAUCCAGCUGGAACAAGAUGGCGUUCUGGGCCGAGCGCUCCGUCAGCAUGGUGGAGAACAGCUCCAGCAGCCUGGGAUGGGCCUCCUCCUCCUCCACGACAGAGCCCAGCGGCUGCAAGCCCGUCUCGGCCAGCUCCUGCACUUCCCUGCCCUCCCUCCCGCUGGCGGCCAGCCUCGCGGCCUCCUGCUCCGGCUCCCCCGCCGCGGCCACCACCUCCUCGCGCUACAAGACUGAACUGUGCCGCACGUACGCCGAGCGCGGCAUCUGCAAGUACGGCAGCAAGUGCCAGUUCGCGCAUGGCGCCGAGGAGCUGCGCGACAUCAACCGGCACCCCAAGUACAAGACGGAGCCCUGCCGCACCUUCCACUCGGUGGGCUUCUGCCCGUACGGCAUCCGCUGCCACUUUGUGCACAACAACGAGGACGAUCUCGGACCCCCGGGCCCUCGGCCAAAGUCCUCCCUGACGACCCCUCCUCCAUCCUCCUCCUCGUGCUCCUCUUCCUCCUCCCUGUCCCCGCCGGGCCGCGUCCUUCCCCCGCGCCCCCCUCUCCUCAAGCAGAGCUUCAGCUUCGCCGGCUUCCCCUCCAACCCUCCUCCUCCUCCGCUGCUCGACGCCUCGCUGCCUCACGCCUUCCUGCGCGCCCCCUCCGUCUCCCCGCCGGCCUCCGCCGCCGACCUCUCCGAACUGCUCUCCCUGGCCUUCCCCGACGUCGACACGACCUCCGCCUCCUUCGUGGCGGCCGCCGCUGCGGCCACAGCAGCCGCUCUGGAGCUGGAGGCUGGGCGAGGAGACCAGCUCCACCACCACCACCUCCUCAAUCACCACCAGCAGCAGCAGCACCUCCCCAUUCCCCAGCACCAGCAGCAGCCGCCCCAGUUCCUCCCCUCCCCUGACUCUGGCUGCUCCACCUGUAGCCUGAACUCCUGCUCCUCCUCCCACUCCUCUACCACCUCCUCCCCAGCGCUCCCCUCUCCACCCCACACCUGCCUGCCUGAGCCCCUCUCGGCAGCCGCAGCAGCAGCAGCGGAGAGGUGUCUCCAGCGGAGCCCCCCCGGGGUCGGUGCCGUGACCAUGCCCGGGGCCUUCACAGCAGCCUCCUCCAUCCCCAUCGCCGCCGCCGCCUCAGCCAUGGGCCCUCGGAGCCUGUCCCACACCUCGCUGUCCGACCAGGAGGGAGGGUGCGGCAGCUCAGCCAGCAGCCUGAGCGGCUCGGAUUCCGGCGCCUCGGGGUUCGAGGGUGUCGGUGGCCGCCGCCUCCCGAUUUUCAGCCAGCUGUCGGUGCCCGAUGACGCCUUCUGCGGCGAGGGGAGCAGCGCAGGUAGUGGAGGUGGAGUGGGAUUCUUCCUUUAAGAUGCCGUGCCUAGAUUAAGUCUACAUCAUCGUUAUCAGGGGGUUGUUUUGCCUUCCAGCACUUCAACACCUUGUGAGGUUAUUUCUUUUUUCGGUCUUUCUUUUCCCUUUUGAAAGAUCUCUAGCGUAUACUGUGGUAUAUCUACUGAAAUGUAUAGGCAGGUGCCUUCUUUAGUAUUAUUGUUUUGUUUGUGUUUUUUUGUGCUCAAGGAGAGAGAGAAGAUACAAUCGACAGGGUCGAAAGAAAAGAAUCAGUGAUGUUAAAAGCAUAUUGUACUUUUGUUUGAAAGAAGACGUGUCUUUGACCAUCGCUCAUGUUGUUGCCUUAAUAAGUAGGAUGGAAGCAAACAUGUGGUAAUGCUGGAAGGAAAACAAAAAAGUAAACCAGUUUAUUGUUCCCAUUUGACCUUUUUUGAAAAGCCAAAGACCAAGGUUUCAGAGUUUUGUUUGAAUGAAUUCAGUGUUUGUCAUUUUUUUCCAAUGUUUGGAUAAAGGUGCUUUUUGAUCUAAUGCAUACAGUGUUCCAGACUUGCCUACAAGCAGACCUCUUCCCAAAUGGCUGCAGUUUUAUAAUACUAAAGUGCCUGUGAGUUGUUUUAACAGGUUUUCGUUAAGCUGCAAUAUCAGUGUGUGUUGAAGGGACCUCAUUUCUGUUAACUUGCUUUCGUUUUUUCCCCCUCUCUCCCUCCCUACUUUUUUUUGUACCAGUUGAUCAAUACUUUGUGGUUCACUGACUAGCCUUACUCUACUUGGCUUGACUGUUUCAACUAAACUACUACAUAGAGACUGGGUGGCUUAAUGUUUAAAAAAAGAAAGAAAAGGCAUUCAGACGUGGAGGUUGGUUAGCUGAAGGAUGAGACGGAGGCGUCUUGUUUUUGGGCCAAGCCCCUGUUGUUGUAGUAGUGAUUUGUAUUGUAUAUGUAGUGUCUAUUUUGCUAUCUAGGAAAGAGCUAGUGUAUUUUUUGUGUUUUUUUGUUGUCGACAUUUUUAUAGCUGUUCACAAUGAUGGGUCCCUUUUUUCCCCCCCCAUUUGAUUGUAUGAAAUGCCUUUCGCUGGCUGUCAUGUUACACGAGUAGUGUUUAAGGAGAAGCCUUUAGUAAAUUAAUUUUUAUUUAUUUUAUUGUAUUUAUAGAGAACAUGCAUUGUGUUUCUUUAAUGUUUAAGUUUAAUAUAUUGGUUUCCUUUUUGUACUGAAAAAAUAAACCUGUUUUAAGCGCA